AUGAAGUACGGCCAGAACUUCGAGAAGGAAUCAGUACCAGAAUGGAGCCUCCAUAACAUCGACUACAAUUCCCUGAAGCACUUCAUCAAGGCCAACACCACCAGGGACCAGGCCAAGGCAAUAGCGAUACCCGGCCAACCCGACACCCACCUUGCCAAGGUCGAAGACGAGCUCUACAACGAACUAUGCGCCCAACAUGACAGCGCCGGGCUCUUCGUCUCCGCCAAGGCCGACGAGAUAACACGCCGACUACAGCACCUGUCCAGCCAGGUCCAACGGCUCAUUGCACGAUGCAACGACGAGGACCCCGAGCGAAUUCCACGCAAAAGGCAGCGCAGGUUUAUUAAGCUCGAACGUGAUGUUCUCAAGUGCGGCAACGAUAUACAGGAUCUUCGGCGCUUCGUCAGCGCGCAGUCCAUUGCCUUCCGAAAGAUCCUGAAGAAAUACAGGAGUUUUACUCGGAGGGACUUCCACCCCCUGCAACAGGCAUAUGACGAGCUGCUCUCGAUCAUCCAGGCAUCAUCACCCGCGCAGAGUUACCCUCAGUCCCCGGGCACCGACGGCGAGUCCUCUAAUUCCGGGGCACCAGAGAACCCACGGCAGUCCCUGCGGCGAGUGACUAUCCACGCCGGACCACCCGAAACUCGCACAUUCAACUCUUUGAAUCGACAAGCCGGGUAUUGGAACGAAUAUGAGAACGGAAGUGAAAACGGAGAUGCGGGCGACGAAUACGUGAUAUAUAUCAACCCUGACGAAGAGACCGACUACGGCGCGGAUCUGAAGGCCCUGGUCAAUGCCAUUGCUGCACCAUUCUCUAAAGCCCGCUCCUGGGUCAAGGUUCGGGGGCGGGAGCGUCAGUCUCUUCUGGGAAGACAGAGCAGCGGCGCCAGCUACGGCGCCACCGAUAGCAACAACUCUCCGCCUCAGGAUGGCUACUUCGCGAGCCACGCAGCUCGGCAGCUCCAGAGCAGUGGGAGUGAUUCCCACACCGCGGUUGCGACCGAUGGCGAGGACGACGCCGACGCCGAUCUCGAUCUCGAGGCAGAUAUUGGGUACGCGAGCUCUGAGGAAUUCCCAGCCGGGUAUGAGACCCACUGGGCGACGCUGCCGUCCGUCAGCGACCAGCGCAUGGCCAUGUACAAGGAUCGGGUCAUGUUCAUGGUCACCAGCGGCUUGUACGCCAUGUCGUUCCUGCUGCUGGGCAUCUCGACCGUCCUCAUGCUCACCGGGCGUCACAAGCUGCGCGUCGAGGUCGAUGCGGGCGUGACGAUAGGCAGCGUUGUUUCCAUGGGCUGCGCGUGCACCGCGCUGGCUCUGACCACCGCACGGUGGGACUUGUUGGGCGUCGGCAACAAGGUGGUUGUGUCGGUCACGUUCGCGACGAUUUGUGUCCUCAACGGGAUGUUGCUCAUCCUGGUCAUGGGGAAUACUGCGCUGUGA